AUGGAUCACUUCAUUCGCUCAACACUGCGCCGCUCAACUCCCGGUGGCGCCUUUCGUCUCGCCCUCGACGGCGUCGGCCUCUUCUGCGCCUGCACCCUAAUCUGGGAGCAUCUGAUCACCGUGCAGCUCAGCGAAGGCCCCUCAAUGUACCCCACGUUCAGUCCCCGGGGUGACUAUCUGCUUAUUUCACGGUGGCACAAGCAUGGACGCGGGAUUGAGGUAGGCGAUGUGGUGCGGUUCUACCAUCCGUCGUUUUUGGGCGUCAAUGGAGCUAAGAGGGUGCUUGGGAUGCCGGGGGACUUUGUCAGUAAGGACCCGGCGUUUAGUACGGAUGUUGGGGUGGAUAGGGAGAUGAUUCAGGUCCCCGAAGGUCAUGUAUAUCUCGCUGGUGAUAAUCUCCCCUGGUCGAGAGAUUCGAGAAAUUAUGGCCCCGUUCCGUUAGGUCUUGUGAAUGGAAAGAUUAUUGCGCGUGUCUGGCCUUUGUCAAAGAUGCAAUGGGUGCAGAAUCCAAUGCAACCAACUGAACUAUCUGACGAGUGA